ACCGCCGGCUCAGAUCGCGUGGGGAGACCUCCGAGUCGCGCGCUUCGGCUCGGCUUCGGGUCCUGGAGGCUGCUGCGGCACGCGACGCUCGCGGGCUAUGUCGUGGCUCUUCGGCAUCAAGGGCCCCAAGGGUGAAGGCGAGGGGCCACCUCUGCCCCUGCCGCCCGCGAAGCCUGGAGCUGAGGGCGGUGGGGACCGUGGCGCUGGAGACCGACCGGGGCCCAAGGACAAAUGGAGCAACUUCGACCCUACGGGCCUGGAGCGCGCAGCCAAGGCGGCGCGCGAGCUGGAGCACUCGCGCCACGCCAAGGAGGCGCUGAGCCUGGCUCAGAUGCAGGAGCAGACGCUGCAGCUGGAGCAGCAGUCCAAGAUCAAGGAGUACGAAGCCGCUGUGGAGCAGCUGAAGAGCGAGCAGAUCCGGGUGCAGGCCGAGGAGCGGAGGAAGACGCUGAGCGAGGAGACGCGGCAGCACCAGGCUAGGGCGCAGUACCAGGACCGGCUGGCGCGGCAGCGCUACGAGGACCAGCUAAAGCAGCAGCAACUUCUCAACGAGGAGAACUUACGGAAGCAGGAGGAGUCUGUGCAGAAGCAGGAGGCCAUGAGGCGAGCCACCGUGGAGCGGGAGAUGGAGCUGCGGCACAAGAACGAGAUGCUGAGGGCGGAGGCUGAGGCGCGAGCCCGGGCCAAGGCCGAGCGCGAGAACGCAGACAUCAUCCGGGAGCAGAUCCGCCUGCGGGCUGCUGAGCGCCGCCAGACCGUCCUGGAGUCCAUCAGGACGGCCGGCACCCUGUUUGGAGAAGGAUUCCGUGCCUUUGUGACAGACUGGGACAAGGUGACAGCCACGGUGGCGGGGCUGACGCUGCUGGCCGUUGGGGUCUACUCUGCGAAGAACGCGACGCUGGUGGCCGGGCGGUACAUCGAGGCCCGGCUGGGGAAGCCCUCGCUGGUGAGGGAGACGUCGCGGAUCUCGGUGCUGGAGGCUCUGCGGCACCCCCUGCAGGUCAGCAGGCGGCUCCUCAGUCACCCUCAGGACGCCCUGGAGGGCGUGGUCCUCAGUCCCAGCCUGGAGGCGCGUGUGCGGGAUAUCGCCAUUGCGACCAGGAAUACCAAGAAGAACCGCAGCCUGUACAGGAACGUCCUGAUGUAUGGGCCCCCCGGGACCGGCAAGACGCUGUUUGCCAAGAAACUUGCGCUGCACUCGGGCAUGGACUACGCCAUCAUGACAGGCGGGGACGUGGCCCCCAUGGGGCGGGACGGUGUGACCGCCAUGCACAAGGUCUUCGACUGGGCCAGCACCAGCCGGCGAGGCCUCCUCCUCUUCGUGGACGAAGCAGACGCCUUCCUCAGGAAGCGAGCGACCGAAAGGAUCAGCGAGGACCUCAGGGCCACCCUGAAUGCCUUCCUGCACCGGACGGGCCAGCACAGCAGCAAGUUCAUGCUGGUCCUGGCCAGCAACCAGCCCGAGCAGUUCGACUGGGCCGUCAACGACCGCAUAGACGAGAUCGUCGGCUUCACCCUGCCGCAGCUAGAGGAGCGGGAGCGCCUGGUGAGGAUGUAUUUUGACAAGUAUGUUCUUAAACCAGCCACAGAAGGAAAGCAGCGCCUGAGGCUGGCCCAGUUUGACUACGGGAAGAAGUGCUCAGAGAUCGCGCAGCUGACGGAGGGCAUGUCGGGCCGGGAGAUCGCCCAGCUCGCUGUGGCGUGGCAGGCCAUGGCGUAUGCCUCGGAGGACGGGGUCCUCACCGAGGCCAUGAUGGACGCCCGGGUCCGGGAUGCCAUCCAGCAGCACCAGCAGAAGAUGGAGUGGCUGAAGGCAAAGGGAGCGGGGCCGGAGGGCAGCCAGCCCCCGCUCCCCAGUGCAAGGACCGAGUGAGCAGAGCCUCGACACCAGGGGCUCACUGGCCGGGACGUCACCAAGAGGAGGCACGGGGUGCUGCACAGCUGCCCACCCCCCGACAUUUUUUAUAUCCCUCCGGUCGGGGCGAGGGCAGCAUUGGAGGCCUCUGCAGGACUGGCCGCGGCCGUGGGGUCUUCCAAGCUGUGGGUUCGGCUGGGGAGGCUCAGGCCGGAGCCAUGCCCAGGACACUCCGGGGAGGUGUCUGGCCCGGGGGCAGUGGCGGAGCUGGCCCUGCCCAGCGGGGUGGGAGCCGGGCCUGGCCAGCCUCACCUGGGACCGGGACCGGGACCAGAGCAGCCCCCCCGGGGUGCCCCUCUCGUCUUCGACCCACACGCAACACUGUGCCCUUGGGUGCCUGCACUGCGGGGGGCUGCGCCCGGGACUGGAGGCGCCCGCCCGCCGGCGAGGGCCGCCCCGUGCUGGAGAAGGGCCCUGGCCCCGACGGCCUGCGCCCGCCCGCCCGCCCGCCGCUGAGCUGGGCGCUCUGUCCGGAACCUAAUAAACUC